UAAGAAGCGUCGCGGCUCCUCCGUUACCCGGGAAACGGCCCGAGAGACUCGACUCCCCGCAAAGCAUCGCUAGGCAUUUUUCCUCUCUGCGCCCUCCCGCCCCGGCUCUGUUCUCGAGGCAAGAUAUACAUGCCGUCGCGUUCGAGCUAAUGGAUAUUCGCGUUCUCCGUUGAAAAGUGAGCGCUAGAGGGCGAUUGUUUUUCCAUGUGGUGUCUUGGAGUGCAACUAGUAGUACACAAAUGCAAAAGUUCAGCAGAUUUCUCCAGCAUUGCCUGUGACAGAUCUAGCUGAGACUGAAGCACCUGGAAACUGCUGUCACAUCGGUACCAACUACAAAAAUGAGAAGUCACUUAAGUCACUAGAGAAGGCACCAGUGCAACUUCUGCCAGUGAAUUUAAACAGAUGUUAAAAGCUGCAAUAUGGCUCGGUAGCCAAAGUGAACAAGACUUUGUUGAUCUUUAUGUGAUAUACUUGUCAAGCUCAUCUGAGUAGCUUACAGUUUUCACAGAUGGAUGCAAUGAAGUUAAAGCAUAGUAUCAAUCCAUUCCUCCUUCAUAUUAUAAACUUUGUAAUAUUGCUGUACACAAUUCUUACCUAUAUUCCAUGGUAUAUAUUUUCUGGAUCAAGAUAUGCCAGAGCGAAGGCAAGGCAAAUUAAAGCUAAACCUGUGAAUAACAAGCCGGGUAGUGCAUACAGAUCUGUGAACAGUUUGCAUUGCUUAGCAUCUGUGUUAUAUCCUGGAUGUGAUACACUAGACAAAGCAUUCAAGUAUGCUAAAACUAAAUUUAAGGACAAAAAGCUUCUGGGAACACGAGAAGUCUUAAAGGAGGAAGAUGAAAUCCAGCCAUCCGGAAAGGUUUUUAAAAAGGUCAUCCUUGGAAAGUAUGACUGGCUUUCAUAUGAAGAAGUUUACACUAAAGCUUAUAAUUUUGGAAAUGGAUUAGUGGUGUUGGGCCAGCAACCAAAGACGAACAUUGCCAUCUUCUGUGAGACUAGAGCAGAAUGGAUGAUAGCUGCUCAAGCUUGCUUCAUGAACAACUUCCAACUUGUUACACUUUAUGCUACGCUAGGUGGUCCUGCAAUAGUACAUGGAUUAAAUGAAACGGAGGUAGCGACCAUUAUUACUAGCAAAGAAUUGAUGCAAACAAAAUUGAAGAGUAUUGCUUCUCAGCUUCCUCUACUGCGUCAUAUUAUUACUGUGGAUGGCAAACCAACAACAUGGGCAGAAUUCCCCAAAGGUGUGAUUGUUCACACGAUGGCAUCAGUUCAAGCUAUGGGGGUGAAAACAGAAAAUAUGCCUGUCGCCAAACAGAAGCUGAGACCAGUACCCUCAGACAUUGCAGUAAUUAUGUAUACGAGCGGCUCUACAGGAGUUCCAAAAGGAGUUAUGAUCUCUCAUUGUAAUCUUAUAUCUGGUAUAACUGGGAUGGCUGAAAGGAUUCCUAACUUGGGAGAGAAAGAUAUUUACAUUGGAUACUUGCCUCUUGCUCACGUUUUGGAAUUGAGCGCAGAACUUGUCUGUGUGUCCCAUGGAUGCCGUAUUGGCUAUUCUUCACCUCAGACUCUCAGUGAUCAGUCCUCUAAAAUAAAGAAAGGAAGUAAAGGUGAUGUUUCAACACUGAAGCCAACUCUAAUGGCAGCUGUACCAGAAAUCAUGGACCGAAUCUACAAAAACGUCAUGAACAGAGUUAAUGAAAUGUCCAGUUUCCAACAUAAUCUGUUUAUACUGGCUUAUAAUUACAAGAUGGACCAGAUUGCAAAAGGCUGUAGUACUCCACUUUGUGACAGCCUUGUUUUCCGGAAAGUCCGAAUGCUGCUAGGUGGGAAGAUUCGGGUCUUGUUGUGUGGAGGAGCUCCGCUUUCUGCAGCAACUCAGAGAUUUAUGAACAUCUGUUUUUGUUGCCCUGUUGGACAGGGAUAUGGCCUGACAGAAUCUUCUGGGGCUGGAACUAUAACUGAAGUUUCGGACUUCACAACAGGGAGAGUGGGAGCACCCUUGGUUUGCUGUGAAAUCAAACUAAAGAACUGGGAAGAAGGUGGAUACUUUAACACAGAUAAACCAUAUCCUAGAGGUGAGAUUCUUAUUGGAGGCCAAAACAUAACUAUGGGCUACUACAAAAAUGAAGAACGUACCAAAAAUGAUUUCACAGUAGACGAGAAUGGACAAAGAUGGCUCUACACUGGAGACAUUGGGGAAUUCCAGCCAGAUGGGUGUCUAAAAAUUAUCGAUCGUAAAAAAGAUCUUGUAAAACUUCAAGCGGGUGAAUAUGUUUCUCUUGGUAAAGUUGAAGCAGCUUUGAAGAAUCUGCCACUGGUAGAUAACAUUUGUGUAUAUGCAAGCAGUUUCCAGUCUUAUGUCAUUGGAUUUGUUGUGCCAAACCAUAAAGAACUUAUUGAGUUAGCACGGAAGAGAGCAUUUAAAGGAACUUUGGAAGAGAUAUGUAACAGUGCUGAAAUGGAGAAAGAAGUACAAAAAGUACUAGCAGAGGCUGCUAGCAGAGCUAGCCUGGAAAAAUUUGAAAUUCCACUCAAAAUUCGUUUGAGCCCUGAACCUUGGACCCCAGAGAUGGGCUUGGUGACAGAUGCCUUCAAAUUAAAACGUAAAGAGCUUACUACAUACUACCAGGCAGAUAUUAAUCGAAUGUAUGGAACAAAAGUAAAAUAAUUUCCUCCCCUUGAACCACUUUGCUAUGGUGAGCUCAGAUCAAAUAGGAAAUACUUGAAUCACAUGUCUCUUCACUUGAGACCAACAUAAAAGAACAUAUUUCCUCACUUUCAGCUUUUGCUGUUCACUCUUGAUAAUAUCAACAUCUUUAACUGGCAGGAUUAGUAAAAUGUUAAGGCAGCAAAUUUUUGUGUCUGUCUCCUUUUUUCCAGUUUCCCUGCUACCUUGUCAACGUGUGUGGAUUUUCCUAAGAGUCAUUUUGGGCUAACAUGAUUUUGAAGCCUCAAGUUUUUAAACCUGAUUUAUAAAUCCUGUAUAAUGUUCCAUUUGUAACUUUUUGGAUAUAUAGAGGGAUAUCUUGGCUGUAUGAGAAAUGAUUAGUUUGGGGGCCUUUUUUUACACAAGUAUUUAAAUACUAAAGAGGUAUCCAUGUUAAAUUAUGUACAAUUAAAUGACUUACAGGUGAAAAUCAUUGUUGACAGAAAAGCAAAUUAUUUGUUGCUGUGCAAUUGUGUUGAAUAAAAUUGCAAGAUAAAUAAUCUGAUAUUCUGACUUAUAAAAUAACAGCUGAAGUACGUGCCUGACAGUUUCCUGCUACAUACAUAUAUAUUUUAUUUUUAUCCGAAAUAAGGAAAAGUGGUCAUGGCAAAGCAUUGUACAGUAUAUGUGCAGAUAUACCUGCACAAAAAGCUCUUUUGAGACUUUAGUCUUGCAGAGUAUGCUCCUUAACACAGCAAAUGUUACACCUGUGAAUAAUCUGUCUAACAGUCAGUUCACUUUUCAAGGUAUAUUGAGGCCAUUAUAUAUAUUUAGUUUUAAAUUAAAUACAUUCAGUUUUAAAUUAAAUACAUUCUGAUGUCUGACAAUGUCCUUUUCUAAAGAUGGGACUCUUAUUUGUGUCAGUUCUUACAAUUCAGGCUUACUCUCUUGUUUUGUGCAAAUAAACAGUUAGUCCAGUUCAAGUCUAGCUGAAGCCCAAACGUUUAGUUCACUAAGUCCACUGUGAGUUUGCCCAGCUAAAAUGGUUCUAAAUUGCACUCUUGCAUAUCCCCUUUCUUGGUGGGAUUUGCCCAUGGUAAAUUCUAGGUAGAUUCCUUGGAUGGAAAUCUUCAAACGUACUGCUAGUGAUUUGUAUAUUCUAUCUGCCUCGUAGUCAUUAAUGCUGAUGGAAAUGUCCUCUUUAAUUAUUUGAUUUUUGGAAUCUUGUUCCUAAGUGCAUUUACCUGGAUACAACAUUUGCUGGUUUCCAUAUCCCCACCCCACAUUAAGUAUGCUUCAGAUAACAACCUGACUUGUAUUUAUUUGGAUGUUUCAUUGUUCUUGGGCCCAAAACAUUUAGCUUGAAAAUGAGUUACAUUUUAUGGGCCAUGAGAUAUACUAUUGUGCAGAUUUUGGCUCCAGUCCAUCUGCUCUAAUGCACGAACCGCCGAAGAAGCAGAAAUAGACAAGGGAAAGCUCCAAUAGUGUGGAUGGGGCAUGCAGUGUGUCUGCUGACAUCUAAGAGGAAGGUUCAGUCCCUACUCACAGUUUCAUGUGUGCUCCUGAACCUCAUGGAGCUCCUAAUUAGAAUGUUUUGGCAAAUGUUCUAGGUAUCGCUUAGGCCUGAAUUUGGAAAUAUUAGGUUUGUUCCACCCCAUAAUUGUGUUGAAUACAAUAUGAGAAGAAUAUGCUGGAGUUGGGCACCUUGUGAAUAUAAAGCACAUACAUUAGUGAAUGUUUUUGCAAGUGUUGAAAAGGCUUUAAUUUAUUUUAUUUCCUGUAAAAUUAUAAAAACUGGUUUUGGAUCUAUAGCUCGGUAAUGGGGCAUUGGAUAUUCAAAACAAUUUAGAUAUGAUCCUGCCCAAGUAAAGUACUUGUAAAUCCAAUUCAUUUCAAUGGAAAACUGAGCACUUGCUUGCAUCUCUGAAAUGGAUAGGGUUUAAAGGUGCUUAAUUUUGGCUGUAUUUUGCCCAUUUUGUACUUGAAACAAUUCAUGGGUGCUGUUAGUGCUUUUAAAAAAGCUUUAACUUGGGAGAUUCAGGAAGCAAUUUAGCAUUUUAAUUUUAUAAAAUCUUUUAAAUAUACAUAGGGUGAUACUUUCUCCUGAUAUGCUGAGCACUGUUGCACAGUAUUAAGCAGGUUAUCUUCUAAUGGUUAAUAUGUUGCUUAUUCCUUGGGGGCUUUACCAUGUGAGAACUCUUAUUCUCUUUGCACUCUGGGAUUUAAAUUGUCCAAUGGAUUUCAAAAGGCACAAGAGCAGAUAGCCAUACACCUAUAACUCCCUUUCCCCUCUGCAAAGUUCACUUUAGAUAUCAUUGAAAACAUUGACACUUAUUAUUAUUUGGCCUUGGAAGAGAGUUCUGGUGGGGGAAUAGGUGAUCAUUGAAAAUAAUUUAUGAUUUCUGGAUUUCACAUAUAUACAUUUCCUCUUUUGAAUUAAAGUGAUUAAGUACAGACUUUAAUAGUUUGGGGAGAAGGGCUGAGAUAUUUGUAACACAAUCCACAGCUAAAUCUAUUCCUUAGAAAUGUUAGGUGACAGCUUACUGGCUCCUGUCAUUUAUAUUGCUGGAGUUUUUGAAUUGAUACUAACAUUAUGUUUCUGAGCAUUGCUGCACACACAAAAUUUGAGGAGUUUUGUAUAGGACAGCUAUUAUGGAAACUGUUCCGUGUUCAUAACAAAGAAAGCCAAUCCUGUCUCACACGGAAUCUCUGAGUUCCAUUCAGUGGUUUUAAUGCUUGUGGGUUCUUUUAAAUUCAGGUACUAAGGCAGAGAACCAAAGUAAAAAUGAUCAUAAAUAGUCGUUGAUCACCCAAAUUAAAUUGUAGAGAUUUCUUGCAGUCUUAUUCAGUUUUCCUUGUUUGUUGUGCUCCCUUCUGGGUUACUGAACUGUGAGCAUUCUUUUCAGCUUCUGGCUGUUCAUCCGGGUAAUAAGAAAUUGGCAUUCAUCAGCAACUAGUCCUAGAAACACAUAUAGUAGCUAGCCUUUUAAGGUUUAGAAUUUUCAUAAGAGACUUAAGAUUUUCCAAUAAUUUAGAGCACAACUAGACACUGCAUGAUAUAUGCCUAUAAGUUUUCCAGCUAUUUUUUCAAAAGGUAGCUGUGGAAGGCUUCAAUCUUGCAUGAAUUAUUGAGCGGCUGAUAGAUUCUUCCCCUUCUCAGCAUUUGUUUCUUAAAAUCAUCCCCACUCAGCUGCUUUUCCACCCAUGAGAGGAGAGAAGAUCACCUGAAAAACAUGAAUUAAAAUGAUUGGAGGGAAAUUGGUUAACCAGCCCCUUCUCUUGGUGUUUCUCUUCAGUACUGGAGCUUCCUGUGAGUGCUUCUCACUUAAAUAUAGGCAGAAAAUAGUUAACUUAUAUCUGCUGUGUUCUAGUUUAGUUCCUAGACCAUAGGCAUAUCUGGGAUCUUUCACUUCUUAAAAAUUACUCCUUUAAACCAGGACAAGAAGUAGACUGUAGCAUUAAACAUGAUUACGGUCUCUUUCACACUCUCAUAUUGCCACAUAAGAACAACUUCUCCAUGGUGUGAUUCUAUGUGGCUAGGGCAUGUGCAUGAAUAGCACAGCCAUGAGGAUGAUCUUGCGUGUCCUCCCAUUGAGAGCAAGACUUAUAGCUGCAUGGGUUCCCACCACAAGGAAGUGGCUCCCAUACGUCUGCAGGGGUGUGAAGAGGGGCAUUAUUCUUCUGGAUUGCAAUGAUAAAUAAACCCUUAAGAAUGUCAAGAUCUGUGUUACUUCUAGCAUUUUGAAGUAAUUCAGGGUUUAAAUCUGAAAUCCAUUUUGGGCCAGAUGUUGCAGGUAUCCUUUAACUGGGAGAAAUAAAGCUUUUUGUAGAAAUGGUUAUGAAAGGCAUUGACCAAGCACUGCUUUUGCCCAAUCUUGUUCCAUGUCACCAAAACCUGAGAAGGAGCCCCAUGUAAGUUGCAUUGAAAAAAAUAAAGCAGCAGUGAUGGAUUGUAUUCUCAGAAAAAAAAAACCUUGAGUGGUUUUACUGAUGCUGCUGCUAUUGCAGUUUACAGAUAAUGCAUCUAUUUACCUCAAGGGGAAGCUGUCUUUUUAGCAGUAAAAUAGUUUGCUGAAGUUUAAAGCUAAGAGCAGUGUGCAAUUAAAUCUCAAAAUGAAGCCUGUAAGUAUACUAUGGGUUACUUUUAAAUAAAGGUGGGGGGAAAUGUAUGGAAUUGAAACACGAGGUGUUUUAUAAUAUAAAGCUUGAGAACUUAUGCAGCAAACUAAAAAGAAUAGAAAUCUCUGGAUAGCGAUUGUUUGCUGCCAAAAUUCACAUAAAUUCACAUUCAAAUAAAAAAAUAUUUUUUAAAAAAAUAAAUGUAAUAUGUGUGAUCUUAUGGACUGGUAAGAAAAUUGUAUACAACUAUUGUCUUCUAAACUGGCAAAAGAGGGGACUUUUAAAAGGCUAUACACAUUAGACCAAGCUGAAAAUGUAACUGGAUGACCAGUUGUUUUGUUAUAGUAAUUGGUUAUUUAAUGUAAAUUCAUUAAUCUUGGUUGUUCUGAACUGCUUGAGAAUGUCUGUCAUAACUGAAUUAUAUUGUAUGAAUUAUUUAUUUGUAAUUGGACUCUUCAAAAAUAAAAUUAAAAUUGAGUUUCACAAGUUAA